UUACAAGACGAGUGUAUUUGUUUUAUCUCGUCUGUAUGCAAUAUUUCAGUACAACUUUAAAAUAUUUGAAUAUUCCAUUAAUAAUCAAGUACACAAUUUUUACUUGUAAUGACCCCAUAUUUGGUUUUGGUGUUAGCGCUAGGUUGUAUUGGAUGUGUCAAUUCGGAAGACGGGUAUCCCAAUAAGAAGGAACUUGGUGAUAUCUUUAAGAAGAUGGAUGCUGAUGGGGACGAAAUGGUCAGCUUUGAUGAGCUAGUGACUCACCUCGUAAAACAAGCAACUAAACCAGGAUCUGCGAAUCUGGAAAUUGCCAAACAAAUAUUUCCGAAUUAUGACAAAAAUAAAGACGAUUUUAUAACAUUUGAGGAGUUUAUGCAACCAGAACACGACGAAUUAUGAGAUAUCCAUUCAUUUUGUUUCCUGCAUUUCUCAUUUUUGGAUAUAAUCUGAGAUGCAAGUAUGUGCGUGAACCUCAACAUAAACGAAAAAGACUGCGGAUUUUAUAAUUGCAAUUUUACAAAUACGUUCCAGUCGCCUGAUUUUACCAAACAGAGGAACUACAGCGACUCGAGGACGAGGGUGUAAUAUUGAAGAUUCUG